CCCUCGGACCAGCCAGAGGAGACGAUGUGCACGCGGACCAGGGCUCUAGAAGUCUUCUUCGUCCACUUGGAUACGACGGCGCGUCAAAAACAGCGAGUUUUAAUUCAUACUUUUUAUGAUUAGACACUUCUUACGCUUCUGACGGAGACUCAAUGUCCCAUGAACACUUGCAGGAACGGUAACGAUGACACCACGACGACCUGCGCCGUUGUUGUCUCUGCGGGACUCGAGAGUGACGCAAUUACGCGCAUUUUACGCAGCUUGUAUUUCUAUAAACUUUACUGAACGAGUUAUUUACACACCGUUCUUGUUUAUUUAAGCGUCACACAUCACAAGUACUCGGUGGUUCAAUUCCCUUCAUUUCACGCGGAACCCAUAAUUGGAGACCUCAUCUCCACCGCGCGCGCGCUCCCUCCAGCGCGUACACCCGGAGCGGUGAAAUGCAGCGCGAGCGCCUGCUCAAAGUCCUGGUGAUCGGCGACCUCUGCGUGGGCAAGACGUCCGUGAUCAAGCGCUACGUGCACCAGGUGUUCUCCCAGCACUACCGCGCCACCAUCGGGGUGGACUUCGGCCUCAAGGUGCUCCACUGGGACCAGAGGACCGCGGUGCGGCUGCAGCUGUGGGACAUCGCCGGGCAGGAGCGAUAUGGCAACAUGACCCGUGUGUACUACAGGGAGGCCGUGGGCGCCCUGGUGGUCUUCGACAUGACUCGGCUGUCCACGUUUCAGGCCGUCCUCAAGUGGAAAGGAGACCUGGACUCCAAGGUGGCGCUUCACAACGGGACGCCGGUUCCAGCCGUCCUAUUGGCCAACAAGUGCGACCAGCGGAGUCCCGGCUUGUGCCCCAAGCUGCCCAAACUGGAGAAGUUCUCCCGGCAGCACGGCUUUGUGGGCUGGUACGAAACCUCCGCCAAGGACGACACCAACAUUGACGCCGCCGUCACGUGCUUAGUGAAGAGCAUCCUGGCCGCGGAGGACGAGAGGGCCGUGAGGGACGCCACGUCCACCGCUGACACAACCAAAGAGGACGUCCUGGUCCUGCCCAGCCUGGACUACAGCGAGAAGGGGAAGGCACUCAGGGGGUGUUCAGGGUGCCCCUCGCUGCAGCCCAGAGACCUGGGCCAGGACUGAUGGGUUUGAACCAAGAGGCUGGCGGUUGAUUUGUUGAAUGAUUAAUAUUUUUUGUACAUUUACAAAUAUAUUUCGUCAAAGAUGUUUGAUAUUUCAGCUUUAGGAUUAUUAUAAAGAAUCCAUGAAAUUAUAAUGUUGUUAUUGUACUUUUAUAACAAAUGGAGUAAACAUAUUUCUUUACUUUAAAAAAAAAUGAUAUUUUAAUGUUUUGAAAGUUUAUGUGAAGAUAUUUAAAUAUUUUGUCGUAUUAACUCGUUAUUUCUCUGACCGUUUCAGAAGUGUUUUUGGGCGCGUUGAUGCUUUUACGUUUUCUUUUCUUUUUUUGCUUUGAAAGCAAAAAAAACGUGUAAACGUAAAAAAAGCUAA